AUGUCCAAGGGGAUCCUGCAGGUGCAUCCUCCGAUCUGCGACUGCCCAGGCUGCCGAAUAUCCUCCCCGGUGAACCGGGGGCGGCUGGCAGACAAGAGGACGGUCGUCCUGCCUGCUGCCCGGAGCCUGAAGAAGGAGCGGACUCCCAGCUUCUCUGCCAGCGACGGUGACAGCGACGGGAGUGGUCCCACCUGUGGGCGGCGGCCAGGCUUGAAGCAGGAAGAUGGCCCGCACAUCCGUAUCAUGAAGAGAAGAGUCCACACCCACUGGGACCUGAACAUCUCGUUCCGAGAGACGUCCUGCAGCCAGGACGGCACCCUUCCCACCCUCACAUCCAGCAUCCACCGCAGCCGCCACCUCGUGAUGCCCGAGCAUCAGAGCCGCUGUGAAUUCCAGAGAGGCAGCCUGGAGAUUGGCCUGGGACCUGCAGGUGACCUGUUGGGCAAGAGGCUGGGCCGCUCCCCCCAUACCAGCAGCGACUGCUCUUCAGAGAAGAGGGCACGAAGCGAAUCCCCCCAAGAAGCACUGCUGCUGCCGCCAGAGCUGGGGCCCAGCAUGGCCCCGGAGGACCACUACCGUCGGCUCAUGUCGGCGCUGAGCGAGGCCAGCACCUUUGAGGACCCUCAGCGCCUCUACCACCUGGGCCUCCCCAGCCACGGUGAGGACCCACCCUGGCAUGAUCCCCCCCAUGUUGUCCCCCACCCAGAUCUCCUGAGGGUCCGGCAGGAGGUGGCAGCUUCAGCUCUGAGGGGCCCGAGUGGCCUGGAAGCCCACCUGCCCUCCUCCACGGCAGGUCCGCGUCGGAAGCAGGGCCUGGCUCAGCACCGGGAGGGCGCCGCCCCAGCUGUCGCCCCGUCCUUCUCGGAGAGGGAGCCGCCGCAGCCGCCCCCCUUGCUGUCGCCCCAGAAUGCCCCUCACAUCGCCCUGGGCCCCCAUCUCAGGCCCCCCUUCCUGGGGGUGCCCUCGGCUCUGUGCCAGACCCCAGGCUACGGCUUCCUGCCCCCAGCCCAGGCGGAGAUGUUCGCCCGGCAGCAGGAGCUCCUGCGGAAGCAAAACCUGGCCCGGCUGGAGCUGCCCGCCGACCUCCUGCGGCAGAGGGAGCUGGAGGGCGCGCGCCCACCGCUGCUGGCGCCCGAGGCCGCCCUGCGCCCCAACGACGGCGCCGAGGAGCUGCAGCGGCGCGGGGCCCUGCUGGUGCUGAACCACGGCGCGGCGCCAUUGCUGGCCCUGCCCCCCCAGGGGCCCCCGGGCUCCGGACCCCCCACCCCGUCCCGGGACUCUGCCCGGCGAGCCCCCCGGAAAGGGGGUCCCGGCUCUGCCUCGGCCCGGCCCAGCGAGUCCAAAGAGAUGACGGGGGCUAGGCUCUGGGCACAAGAUGGCUCGGAGGACGAGCCCCCCAAAGACUCGGACGGAGAGGACCCCGAGGCGGCAGCUGCUGGGUGCCGGGGGCCCACUCCGGGCCAAGCUCCAGCUGGAGGGGCCGGCGCCGAGGGGAAGGGGCUUUUCUCAGGGUCCACACUGCCCCCUCCGCUGCCCCUGGGCUUCCCCUAUGCCGUCAGCCCCUACUUUCACACAGGCGCCGUAGGGGGACUCUCCGUGGAUGGGGAGGAGGCCCCAGCCCCCGAGGACGUCAGCAAAUGGACCGUGGAUGAUGUCUGCAACUUCGUGGGGGGCCUGUCUGGCUGUGGAGAGUACACUCGGGUCUUCAGGGAGCAGGGGAUUGACGGGGAGACCCUGCCACUGCUGACGGAGGAGCACCUGCUGAGCACUAUGGGGCUGAAGCUGGGGCCCGCCCUUAAGAUCCGGGCCCAGGUGGCCAGGCGCCUGGGCCGAGUCUUCUACAUGGCCAGCUUCCCUGUGGCUCUGCCACUGCAGCCACCAACCCUGCAGGCCCCAGAGCGAGAACUUGGCACAGGAGAGCAGCCCUUGUCCCCCAAGACGGCCACAUCCCCCUAUGGAGGGGGCCACACCCUUGCUGGCCGAGCUUCACCCAAGCAGGAGAAUGGGACUUUGGCUCUACUUCCAGGGGCUCCUGACCCUUCCCAGCCUCUGUGUUGAGGUGGCCGGGGCUACGGGGUGGGGCCACACAAAUCUGCAGGAGCCACCACUCAGUACAAUGGCCCUGCCUCCCACAGCUUUAUUUCUUUUGGU